CACAUUGCCAGUCUGUUAUUGUUAAAUCAUGGAUUUGGAAUUUUCGUUAUCUCAUGCAUCACAUAAAAACAAAGCAAUCUCUGAUUGGUCACUGAACAUGUCAAUCUUCCUACAUGUCGAAGUCUCUUCCUGACUAGUUCUUUGCCAGAAUAUACAGACAAUACUUACACUAGUCAUAACUCUUUCUUCAUAUCACUAGUUCUUCAACAUCCCUCUUUUUUCCCUCAGCUAGUCUCCUUUAGUGUGACCUUGUGGCCAGUGCUGUGGUGGGCUCACCGUGACACUUCCAUGCUGCUGGGUGUCAGCGCUGAUGAUGGUUGGCCUUCAGUCCCAGAUGGCUCCCAUAUGUUUGAACACACUUCCAGAGUCUGUGAUUGAUCCCUUCGGCGCUAAACACCCUCACGGUAACGCGUGUCAGAGCGGACUGGUGCCAGCGCUGGUUCGAGCCCCUCUGCCCACUGUGUCACCCUCUCUGGGCAUGAAGCACUUCCUUCCCUUCCCUCUAGACGGCGGCUCCACGCUCAGCCUCAUUCCCAGCUUCAGCAGCAUGGAUCCAGUUCAGAAAGCUGUUUUGCAUCACACGUUCAGCGCUUCAGCCUCCUCUAAAAGGAAAGCUGUCUCGUGCGGCGUGUGCCAGCUGAGGUUUAACUCGCAGAGCCAGGCCUCGGCACACUACAAAGGCACCAAACACGCCAAGAAGAUGAAAUCCUUGGACGCCCCGAAAUGCCUCAAACACAAGAGCUCCCUGGUCACCAGGGAAAAUACCAACAAGGAGCCGCCUAGAGGACUCUCUCCCUCCACAGCGGCCAGCAACACUGACCAACAAGGUGGGAGUCCUGGUGCACCUGUGGCCCCUUCAUCACCCUCUUCUGCCCCGGGGUCCGGCCCCAGCGUGGAGCCCACAGAGCCAGAGUCUACCUCAGUGUCAGGAGGAGAGGACGGCCGCUCCAUCACGCCCAGCCCGGCUGAACCAGAAGAGAACGACCCCGCUGUAGUCAGUCCAGAGACGGAGGAUGAGAAAGCACUGCGUCUGCUCUACUGCUCCCUCUGUAAGGUGGCCGUCAACUCUGCGUCACAGCUGGACGCACAUAACAGUGGCACCAAACACAAAACCAUGCUGGAGGCUCGGAGUGGGAUCGGCUCCAUCAAAUCGUUCCCCAGGGCCGGGGUGAAGAGCAAGCUGACCGCCCCCACUAAAGCAGACACGGGCCUGCAGAACAAGACAUUCCACUGUGAAACCUGCGACGUGCACGUUAAUUCAGAGACGCAGCUCAAGCAGCAUAUCAGCAGCAGACGCCAUAAAGACAGAGCUGCGGGGAAACCAGCCAAACCCAAGUACAGUCCUUACACCAAAACCCAAAGAGGAGCCCCCAAACAGACAGUGAAGAUGCCGGCAGGUAAAGAGCUGUGUCCACCGCUGACCACCAGGAUAAUGCCGUCACACCUUGCAGCUGUCGCUGCUGCAGCCGCCGCCAUUGGCUCCUUCUUCCCGCUGCGUGCCUGCCAUAACCCCGCCCUCUUUCAGACUCAGUCCCUCCCCGCCGCGCUGCUACGCCCUGCACCGGGGCCAAUUAGGACUGCUCACACGCCUGUACUGUUUGCCCCUUAUUGACCUUUGAACUAUGACCUCUGGGGGAUCGGAUCAUUAACCCUUCCAUCUCCCCAUACCGAGAUCCAAUGCGCGAUAUCGCAAUAAUUUAAAGACAAAAAACGAACCAGGUAACUAUGCAUCAUCAAUUACAUGUGACACACUGACGUUAAGCUAUAAAUGUAUUGGUGGAGAUUUGAUUUUUAUUUUUGUUCUUUCUGUAUGGAAACAUCAUGAUUCAUCAUUAUCAUCGCUUAGAGUACAAGAGUGAUUUGUAAAUUUAAGGUGAGUUUGAGAACACCAUGUGGGAAAUGAAAAGUUGUAUUUCUCUGCUGUUUUGCACUUUAAGUCUAUCUGUGGUUGAUUUCAGUGCUUUAGAUGUCUAGAUCUCUCUGUUUCCAGCUGUUGGUGUAAAAGUUCAGCAGGGCUUCAUUUGUCAAUGGACCCGCUUCACAUUUCUGUGGAUCUCAGAAACGGUCACCAUAGACUUCUAUAGUUGUGAAUGGAAACUACAACAAAUAUUAUUUUUUGGUUCCCAUUAGCUUCAGUAGAAGAAAAGCAUUUCUAUGUCUUCAAAAAAGAGGAAGAAAUAUCUAUUCAUAUAUAAUAUCAACAAAAUCCUAUCAAAAUCAUAAUCAAUUACGCUGGUCAGAAAACAGAAAUAUGUCAUAUUUGUCAUCACUCCCUCAAAAAAAAUACAAAAAAAAUAAUACUUUGAAACUUUUUUCACUCUGAAAAUUUCUGUUUAUUUUCCAAAAUUAAGAAUUUAUUAUUAAUCAUACAUUCAUUUCAAAAAAUAAUAAUUGUAAUCGUUGUCUGUUCUUAAAAUUUAAUUAAUGAAACAUUUGUCAUCACUUCCUCAAAAACUUUACUGUGUAAUAAUUUGCACUCAGAAAUUUCUGGUAAUUUUACAAAUAAAGAAACAUCAGUUACCACAUUUAAUUAAAUGAAAGAUUUCCACCUAAAACUUAAAUGCAGAGGUAAAAAAAAAAAAAAAAAAAAGCAAAGUAUAGUGUUAUAAAUAUUCAUGAAAAUAGUACAAAAAAACUUGCUAGUUUUACAGUGUUAAUAACUCUGGAAGUGCAUCUGUGAAAAAGGUCCAUUAAGACAUAAUGGAAUAAUUUAUUGGUGGUGGAUCUGGCAGGUUUGGGACACUAACUGUGCAUUUUUUUAUACAGUUAAAACUUAGUUUCAGAUAAUAACAAAAAAUGUCAUGUGACUGAUCACGCUCAAGAUUGUCAUGUUAAUUCUGAUGUUGAUCUUAAGAAUGUUAAGGCUGCUGACAUCAAAGACGGUUAAAUAAAAGUUAAUUACACGGAUUUAAGUGUUUGCAUCCCAAUUCCAGAUCCAGAUCCAGCUUUUCCAAUAGAAAUGAAGCCCUGCUGAACCUGCUUGUGAAUGUGUGUGUGUGUGUGUGUGUACAGCAGAACUUGGGGAAGAUAAGAGGGUGAUUUCCAAAGUAAAAUGCUGCUGAUUUAUGUCAAAGCAAGGUUAAAAAUAUAGUGGGAUGUUUGCUAAACAGAUGAAUAUGUAAAUGUGCAGGAGUGUGUUUGCGUGUGUGGGUGUGUGUGUGGGGUGAGUUAACCGUCUUUUCACCUGAAGUCGUCCCUGGAAACAUCUCAUGAAUAUUACAUGAGCUACUGGGGCCACAAAGCUUGUCUGUCUCUUCUUGCAAUGUGAAAAACGAUAAACAUUUUCAAAUAAAGAAUCCUGCUUUGUUUA